UCUCGGCGUAACCGGCUCAGUGACUACUCUCAAGUUCUUCUCUGCUGGUACUGACAGUACUCUCAGUAAAUAAAGGAACGCAUUCUCAGAUAGCAAGUUGUUGUUCCCUCGUGUCCCACUUGUGCCGUAGUAUGCCAAACUGUUGUGUAGCUGACUGUAAAAAUGUUUGGAAACCAAAUAGUAACAUAGCAUAUCAUCUAUUUCCUUUGAAGGACAAGACAAGACUCGCAAAAUGGUUGGAAAUAAACGAAUUAAAAAAUAUAAAUAUAACACCUGCAAAACGUAUCUGUAGUGUACACUUUACACCAGAAUCUUUUGAGGAACAUUGUGCAGUAAGAAGGUUAAAAAAAAAUGCAAUUCCAUCCCUUUUUGGAGAACAUAUUCAAAUAAUAGAUGAUAGCCGAAUAGAAGUAACAGAAAUAUGGGAAGAAAUUUGUACAAAUAUACCUGAAGAAACGAUAACCGAAUUAAAUAAGGAAACAGAAGAAAGUAUAGAAGAACAUGAUCUUCCACCUGUAAGUGUAAUAGAAACCAAAGAUGCCUGUGUCCAAACGAUAUCUGUAUAUUAUGAGUACCGUGAAGAAAUAUGGAACUUACGGAAAAAGAUAACAAUGUUACGACGGCAAAUAAAGCAAAGGGAAUUAAAUAUUGCUAACACACGAAAGUACAUUCAGCAGUUGACAAAUAGGAAAGUCUCAAAGAAAAAUACAGGUCGUUUAAUCUGCGAAUAAAAAAAUGUCUAUUAAUUAAUCCUACUAGUUGAGUAAAAGGAAAACCAUUGAUCUGGAAUAAAUUUGUGCAUGAAAAUAUGCGAAUCACGUGAUGCGCAAUAAGGAAAUUCUUGUUGCAGUUAUUAAAAAUCUUUUAUUUGUUUCAAAUCAUC